AUCCCCACCCACCCACCCACCUCGCUUUGCUUGCUUUGCUUUGGUUUGCUAGGAGUUGUGGUGGUGGUGGUGGUGAGAUCUAGGUGGGCGGCCGGCGAGGAGGUUGGGAGAUGGGGAGGGGGAGGGUGGAGCUGAAGAGGAUCGAGAACAAGAUCAACCGGCAGGUGACGUUCGCGAAGCGCCGGAAUGGGCUGCUCAAGAAGGCCUACGAGCUCUCCGUCCUCUGCGACGCCGAGGUCGCCCUCAUCAUCUUCUCCAACCGCGGCAAGCUCUACGAGUUCUGCAGCACCCAGAGCAUGACUAAAACACUUGAGAAGUAUCAGAAAUGCAGUUACGCAGGGCCCGAAACAACUCUACAAAAUAGAGAAAGCGAGCAAUUGAAGGCUAGCCGCAAUGAAUACCUUAAACUGAAGGCACGGGUUGAAAAUUUACAACGGACUCAAAGGAAUUUGCUCGGUGAAGAUCUUGAUUCAUUAGGCAUAAAAGACCUCGAGGGCCUUGAGAAGCAGCUUGAUUCGUCCUUGAAGCACGUCAGAACUACAAGGACAAAGCUUAUGUUUGAUCAACUGACGGAACUUCAGAGAAAGGAACAAAUGGUUUCUGAGGCAAACAGGUGCCUUAGGAGAAAACUAGAGGAAAGCAACCAGAUUCGCGGGCAGCAAGCGUGGGAGCAGGGCUGUAACUUAAUUGGUUAUGAACGGCAGCCCGAAGUGCAGGCUCCUCUGCACGGCGGCAAUGGCUUCUUCCACCCUCUCGAUGCUGCUGGUGAACCAACUCUUCAGAUAGGAUACCCUGCAGAUCACGAGACGAUGAAUGUCCCGUGCAUGAACACCUACAUGCCACCAUGGCUACCAUGAUGACGACGAUGACAGUUAAUGAAUUCUGAACUAAUAAGAUUGCAUGCGUGCAUGCAUAUGUACCGUUGCUACUUGGAGUGAUCGAUGGGUUUGAGCUAGUUUAAGAUUGUUAGUACGUGUGCUUUGCGUGUAACUUGUGUGAGAACCUUAAAACUGCCUGUCUCUGUUUGACAUAUUCUGUGAUAUCAAACUUUAAGCUAU